GAUGCUCAGUCCGAUCCCUCACUCUCCUGCUCCCUUUGGAUCAUCCAGACAGAUGGAUGCCGAGGAUCCGCGGCUGAUAUGAUAUAAGCCUCCUCCUCUCUUAUCUCCGCCGAGCUGCAGCAGCGCCGCGCACGCAGGGGAAAAAAAAAGAAACGACGUGGGCACGUUGUGAUCGGGAAAACACUGGAGUACAGGGGAUUUGUGUGUGUCUCUGUGUGUGUGUGCGUGUGCAUCUUCUACUUCGGGCAGUGAGCCGUGUCACCGUGAGCUGCGGAAGCUAUUGCCUGUUAUCGACGAUGGUCCCCGCGCUGCUCUCCAGAGGUGAUGUGAGCUGAGCCCGCCGAGCAGUGGGGGGGAGCCGCGCAGGAGCUGUCCGUCUCUUGAGGUGCUGAUGCGGCUGUGACCAGCGAGCAUGGCUGCCGGGAAGUUGCUGCUCUACGCCGGGCUCUCGCUCUCUCUCUGCGCCCUGGGCAUGCUGGCCGUGGCGAUGUGCUCCGACCACUGGUACGAGACCGACGCCAGGAGGUACAAGGAGCGGUGCCGAAGCUUCUCCAGCCGCCGCAAGGACCCGGGCUUCAUCUACAUCCCCAACAUCAGCCUGCCGCUGCGGGCCAGCCGGAGCAGCGCGCCCCGCUGGGAGGAGAAGCUGCUGCUGGCCCGGAACCGGCGGCAGCUGUUUGCCAUGAGCGCCGCGGACGAGUGCAACCGGCAGUACAACUCAACCAACAUGGGGCUGUGGAGGAAAUGCCACCGGCUCGGCUUCGACCAGGAAAUCGAAGAUCGCAUCCGGAAAGGUUCCAUUGCCAGGUGCUCCUACAUCAAAUAUCACUACUCCUCAGCUACGAUACCCAAAAAUCUCUCCAACAACAUCACCAAGACGAUAAGGCAGGACGAGUGGCACGCCCUCCACCUGCGGCGAAUGACGGCAGGUUUCAUGGGCAUGGCGGUGGCCAUUAUCCUGUUCGGCUGGAUCGUUGGCGUGCUUGGCUGCUGCUGGGACCGAGGCCUCAUGCAGUACGUGGCUGGUCUCCUCUUCCUCAUGGGAGGAACCUUCUGCAUCAUUUCCCUCUGUACCUGUGUUGCCGGCAUCAACUUUGAGCUUUCCCGUUACCCGCGGUAUCUGUUCAGCCUGCCUGAUGACAUUGGCCAUGGCUACGGAUGGUCCAUGUUCUGCGCUUGGGGAGGCCUCGGCCUUACCCUCAUUGCCGGCUUCUUCUGCACCCUGGCUCCCUCCGUCCAGCCGAUACCCAGAUCUACUUGCCCCAAGUCCCGACAGGAGAACGGCACCGUCUGCUAAAGAUGGCUGCCAUGAGAAGAACAACUCAUCCCACAGAUCAACAACAAAGAAACAGAAAAAACUAUUCAACAUGUUCAUCCAUUCAUCUCCAGUCUCUCCUGGUUCCAGAUCUUCUUUUUUUUUAAAUGUGUGUGUGUGUUUAAAAAUGGGUGUCUUGAUGAUCUGCUAUCUUGAAAAUACCAGAAAAAAACUGAAGAACUGACAAAAUAUUAUCACAUUUUUGAAGUCGUGCUUGUUUUGUUGUUGUGCAGCAGACGAUAAAAUGGACCAUGACCACAAAAGGUUGCAAAGGAAAUACGUGGAGACACUGAGAGACUUAAUUCACGAUAGUGAGUGGUUGUAGCUCGGGUGGCUCGAAACCUCAAAAGGUGAUUGAAAAUGGCGUUGAACCUGUAAACUGCUUAUAACUUAACUGGUCUGUUAACUGGUUGAGGAGAACUGAAGGUAUCAACAGUAUUGGAGACAAGCAGUCUGAUCAAAGUUCUUGUGGAAGUUUCUUCGUGGAGCCUCCUGUGUUAUGAAUCACAAAGGACUCAACCAGACAUGGAACCAUAUAACUUGCUUAACUGGGACCAUGUUAAGAGGCCAUCUAUUCAUUUUCAGUAUUCCAGCUUCUGAGGUCCCCCCAGUUACUUGGGACAUGUGGACAGCAAGGACCUCCAGGAUCUCCAGGACCUUGACUGUUGUACAUUAUUGUACAGAAUAUUCAAGAGAAGUAACAACCAGGAAACGUCAUUUUGGACCAUUUUCAUUCUUGUGCCGGUGCAUUCCAUUCCGUGUGAUGACCCCAUACGCCAUUUAGCAUUUUAUACAUGUAUUAUCUUUUCUUCAAAGUGUAUUUGCAUUUUUGAUGAACCUUCCUGUUUUGAGCGAAAUGUUGACUGAGCGUGCGUUCAGAGCAAAUGUUGUGUUUUUUGAUUUUCUCUUUUCCAUUCUAGUCAUAGAGGUAUCGUAAAUGUGUGAGCGUGAAUGUGUGUAUCUAAUGGGAGGGGUUAUUUUGAAGUCGCUAAAGAAAAAUAUUGUAAAAAAAGAUCAUAAUGACAUAGUGGAGUUCUGCCUUGAGGAUGUAUAAGGGCAGGAGCAGACAGAUGUAAAAGGGAGAUGCAGUAUCCUGUUUAAACCCAACAGAUUUUGUUUUCAGGACAUUCUCAGCAGACACGGGAAACAAAGAGAAAUCGUUAUAAAGAGGGCCAGCAUGUUCAACUUUGUAUUCUACUGCUCUGAGCAACUAUCGAAGGCUUAACUAAUGCUUCUGAUGAGAAUCGGGGAAGCUCCAGUCUUUCAGAGUACAUGGCUUUUUCUCUCGAAUAUCUUAAACCUUGUGCUUUGAUACUGUUCUUUUAUCAUAAAUAAGGUUCUUACCUUACUCAGUCAAAAGACGUCUAGACUGAAGAUGAAAACACAAGCGUUCCUUUUGGCCUCAACCACCCAUCAGUCGGAAAUUAUGUUUUAAUUUCUCUGCCAUGACCAUUUCGAUUAACAUCAGGCAUUAUGAAUGUAAUGCGAUAAAUGGGUAAGUCUUCUCUCAUGAGGACCAAACACAGCAGCUUGCUGUGUGGCCUUGGCAGAAGGCACACAUAGAGAAUAACUCCAGCAAAACAUUACAAAUGCACACAAUGAAAGGUCCUAAGAUCACAGUCUUUGUAAUUCUCCCAUUAAAGCCAUUUAUUGAAAACUACAGGGUAGCCAAUCUAAAAGCAAAACCUGAACUGACACGGUUUCUCAAGAAUGAUUCCAUUUAAUACAACUUGGGUCUUAUUUUUGUCUUCCAGUUAGGAUUGGUUGGAGAUUUCUUGUUCUGUUUUCUGCAUCCUGGUUUAACAAAAAUAAAGAAACAUAUCUUAAUAUCUACACGUCCAGUUGGGAUACCCGGGUGUAUUCCGGUACCAGGUUGCAGAGGCUUGAAAAGAUUCUGGUGUAGGUCAUACUGUCUCAACCUUAUUUUGGACCUCUGGAAUGGCACAUCCACUGGCAAAACGCUAGUUGUUUGAGGGGUGUCUAUAAUUCUCGAUGUGUACCUGUAUGAAAAAUAUUUAAAAAAUGGUUCUGAAGAUUGUAUUGGAGUUAAGAAACAUUGAACCAUUGUAACAGAAAAGAAAAAAAGCGUUGGAGGAGAUUAUUGGCUGACUUGAUUUAGGCUGAGGGAGGGUGAUUUGAGUAUAUCUUGUCCGACCGCUGAGAGACAUUGAUGACACAUGUCACAGAGUCGACCAUCACAGCUGGUCCAAUAUGUGGCCACACUAUCAACCUUAAGCUCCCAUAAGUCAUUUAACAAAGCUUUGUCUGUCAAUUUUCACGUGGAUAACCCAGAAAAAUGCUAUGAUAAUCCCUCAGGACAGCCAAUGUGUAAAGUGUGUACAAUGAGUUUGAUUUCUGAACUGUUGUAUGAGCCAGUUCUAACAAUACCCAAAAUGUAUUGGAUAACAAAUAUAUAUUGAGUAUAAGCCCUUAUUAUGAAUGAAGCCAUAUCUAUAGAUAUUUUAAGUCCUUGUCGGAUAUCCUCUUUAAGCCUACAGGGCUUGGACUGGGGCAUGGUUUGGAUAAACUGUAUCAACGCCCUGUCCCAUUUCACCCCUUAGCCCAGCACUUGGCCCAACCCCCUCUUUUGCGCCUGGCCAUGAAAGGGCAGUGUUCUCUCAUUUCUCUAUAUUUUGUACACCUGUACAUAGAUAUAUAUAUAUUGGAGAGAGAAGGCUCUUACAAUUUCAUUGUACCUGAGUAUGAUGAUAAUAAAGACCUUGAAUCUGAAUCUUGAAGGUGAGGGUAAUAGUCAUCAAGCCCGUCAAACCCUUAAACUAUGGUGUAAUCAGGACCCCCCUAUAAAUGAAGGGGUAGACGGAAAUCCCUGAAUGAAUUUUGAAUAAAACGUCCCUGCUCAUUUUAUAACAUUUUCAGUGCUAGGCAGAAGUUUCUAUGUCUAAGGGUCUAAUGUUACAUUGAAAUAACAUGCUGACUGAAUGGAUCAAUCUAACCUGCAGUUGUCACAAUUAUAAUGAUGUUUGAUAAGGAUUCUUAAAAUAAUGACAUUGGUUGACACUGUUUGUCACUGUAAUAACAUUGGUUGGAUGCUGAUAACAUAGCAAGUGGUUUCCCAACAUUUGUCUAACCCUCUCCUUUGUGGCUUCAUCUGGAGGGGGACACUCCCAGCAAAGGGCAUUUCAUAUCUAGGGUUAGGGCCAAGGGAGAGGAAUUGGGACAGAGCCAAACUGUUGUAUCAUUAUCAUCCUCUCCGGUGUUAACAUGCUCCGAGAUCUCAUCAUUAACUCAGUGAGCAAUGGCAAAGGUUACAAGAAUAAGACCCAAGGUUGUAACAGACCUUAAUUAACCUUCAAUGACAAAAAGGAAAGGACCUUUUGGCUUCUUCCAUGCAGCCAUGGCUGACAGUUACAUCACAUAUCAUACAUAUACAUCAACAUCUCUCUAAUGUGUUGGUUUGCUGUAGGACUGGCUCUAUGCAAACAAUGCAAAACAUUUCAGAGGCAGGAUAAAGGUAGAAAUGGUGGGGCUGUAUAUGUAUUCAGUAAUGUUAAAGACAUAAAAUAAAGUGGUUUUAUUUCAGAAUGGAGUUUACAGUGACAGAGUCUGCUCUUUGUGGGGUCUAAAGGAAACUACAGGGCGAGGAAGAAAAAGGAUUUGAGCAAAGUGUAUCAGGACACAGCGUUAAGUUGAUUUAACGCCUUUAUCACAGCUUCUUUAGGUAGCGACCGCCCCUACAAAUGGGUUCAAUGAAAGCCACUUACCCUUCCGUACCUGACACUUACAGCUAGGGACCAAGGUAACGAGGUAUGACGGAGGGAGUGGAUUUAAAUAUAACGUGAUUAAAGUGCCAUCUGGGGACAUCAAAUGUGGCGUUCUGGUGAUCAGGUUGUCAAUUUUUUCAUUAUAAUGGGUUUAACAUGUUCUGUCAAAGUCUGUUUUAUCAUGGGGAUGAAUCUCUGCGCCUGCCGAGAGGCUUCUAGAGACACUGGAGCCUAACUGACAGAUUAUAAACUGUGUGGGUAGGUCAACACCCGCCGUAAUCUUAUUACAUAUAUAAUGAUGAUGAGGAAGUCAUAACAGUGUAAUUUACCUUUUUCCUGGGAUAAUGAAUAUUAAAUAAUACAGUUUAAAGUCAUUAUCUCUGAAGAUGAGCAUCACAAAACCCUCUCAAGAAAAUCAAAUAAGGUAUAAUGGGCAAAAAACAUUAUAACAUUAAACAUAUUUUUUCAAACAUAGAUGUUCCCUUGGACACAAGCUGAUAAUGCAAUUGAGCAUGAAAUUACUUUAAAUGUACUGGAUUAAAGAGCUGUUCUGUCCAAACCGUCCCCAGCACACACACACACACACACACACACACACACACACAAAUCAGUAUAACAAGACCAGGACAUAGAGAGGAAAGGGGGAGUUAUAAAGCUAUUCAUUAAAGCAUCAUCUUUAUGUAAGAUGAUGUAAAGUUCUGCAUAGGCCCGGCCCAAACCUGCAUCCUGGUGCUGCUAAAUUUAUGGCCAAAAAUGCUGACCCAGGACUUAAAGUUACGUACUAAUAUACAGAUACUAUAUACGCACUCUGGAUGUUAAAGUGCUAGCUGUAGUUAAUUAUGAUUAUAAAUCAUCAAGCUUUGAUUUCAUGAUUUAUUUUAACUGUCACAGGGGAAUUUCAGGCAGGAAAUAUGUAGAGACUGGUUUUAAAUGGAACAAUCAGAUUGUUGAGUUGUGAUUUCAUAGAUGUUUGUGGAUUCUGCUCUGUUUUUAUUUGCUGGUUUAUUUAUGUUUCAGAAUUGAAAUUUACUGUUGAUUUAAAAAAAGCAAGGCAUCUUGUAAAACUGAACUAGCCCGCAUUAGUUUGAUGAAGCAAAUUAAAAUGAUGAAUAUAUGUACAUAUAUAGGCUUUAUAAUGGAAAAAUUGUGAUGAAAUGAGAUUUCUUAAUAACACAUUUUAUGAGUGGGGGUCUGUAGGACAGCUCUUCAGGCUAAUGUGAUGGACUGGUCCUCUGCUCCCCACAUUGGCCAUUGCAUAUGUAUAUGUGACAACUGACACACUUGAAAGCAGCCCAUUGGCUCAGUCAGAGACAGAGAGAAACGUCCAAAUAAAUUAUUUUUGAAAAUAACUACACUGGAACCCAACCCACAUCUGCAGCUGUAUCUAACAAAACCAUUCCAAACAAGACUGGAUACUUUUCUGAUAAGGUAACAGAGCACUACUUCAACAUCCAUGUGUUAACUGCUGUUGGCGACAAUCACAUAUACUGUAGUCAAGGGGAUUACUCCCAGUUUCAUGGAUGUUUUCAUCCCACCCUGCAACCGUGCCAUAACAUGUAAGAGGUAAAAAAAAAUAAGCACUUAAACGUUUUGUAGUAAGUGUAAGGCGGUGAUAAGUUUAAAUGGGUUCUUUUCACGCAUCACACCAAAUUCAUUGUCACAACCAAUCAAAGCUGAGUUGUCACACACCUAAUACCAAGGAAGUACAUAGACAUGCUUAGAAAGUCAGAUUACACCAUGACUCAUUUAACAGUUAGACUAUCUUCUACUAUAACAGCCAUAAUGCCCAUAACAGCUUUGUUUCAGCCGACUGAAACCGCAUCAUAUCUGAGCUAGUCCACGACAGGGAGGCCGAGGAUGAAGAGGUUUUGAUACAGAGAUACUGCAACUUCCUUCGUGGACAGAUGUUGAAUUCAAACUGAUCUAUCAACCUUUAACAUCAGUAACGUGUCUGUUGAGUAAACAUAAAAUAGGAGAAAAAAAAUGGAAAUGUUCAACUGUGGAAUGUAAAAUCACAUUAAAAUAAAUCUCAUCGGUGUGUUUACUAA